AUAUAGAAAGCAGCUGAAAAAUAAAAAUAUUGUAUAAAUAGUGCAUAAACAAAUGCUUUAACAAAUAAAAUAUCCACGAAAUUAACUAUAAUCGAAAGAAAAGUCAAGGAUUUUAGUCAACUCAACUUAUUCUUAGACAUUUUACUAUGAAAUCAAAAUAUAAAUAAAACAAACUAUUAUUUAAAUAAAAGCAUAUAGAUUUAUCAUCAAUAAAUACCCAGAUAUAUAAAUAAGUGCAAUAAACCUAUUCUCUAUAACAUAACUUCAAUAAUUACAAGAAUUUAAAUAAUUUAAAUAUUUAUAUAGGAAACUAUGGAAAGGCUAUCGCUCUGUAGAAUAUGUUUGGCGGAUGAUGUUCGCAUGUAUCUAAUAGCUGACAAGAAGCUGCAGGAACUAUAUGAAAGACUGACAAAUACUCCAUUUGUAACUGAGGACAGCAGACCAAUGUUGGCAUGUUUCUUCUGCUACGCCAAUCUGAAGAAAUGUUGGUAUUUCAUGAGAAAGUGCAGAGAAGCCGAGGAGGUGUUCUAUCAGAUGCUCAACGGAGAUUAUGAGCAAAAUCAACCGAAGCUGAAAGCCCUACACUACGGUGGCUACAUCCGAACUGCUAUACAGCAUAUAGACACCACUGACUUGGACAGCGGAGACAUCAAGCAGGAAGCAGAGACCCUCAGAGCCGAUGUGAUGCUGAAGCAAGAGGAUGAAGUGUCUCAAGAUUUAGACAACACCUUCUCAUUAUCAGAAGAUAUGCCCCCGCAUUCUGACUCCGAAGACGAUUUACCUCUAAUGAAAUUUAAGACAGAAGCGGAAGAAGAUAGAGAAGUUAUACCCAAGAAGAGAGUUAAGAAGAGAGUGCGCAAACCAGAUUGUAGUGAAAUAAUACUAUCAAAAGAGGAGCAGAUACAGAAUCUACAAGCGAGAUCAAAAUCUACGAACUAUACGAAUUCUCCAUUCAAAUGUAGUUAUUGUUAUAAAGGAUUCGUCGAUGUCAGGGCUUAUGACAACCAUAAGAUGAAGCAUGAUGUGCGCAGCGGUCCUCACAUAUGUGACAUCUGUCAGAUGAGAUACCGUUCCGUUCAACUCCUGCGCACGCACGCGAAUAAUGCACACGUCAGGAUAUAUAAGUGUAAUAAAUGUGGAUAUGUGUCGCAUACUGGAAAUCAAGCCAGGAUUCACGAGAAAUGGCACAACGGGCACACGUACGAGUGUCAGCUAUGCAGUCAUACUUUCAGGAAACCGACCUCGUAUCUGUCACAUAUGAGGAAGCGUCACCCUACGGAACAUGUCUGCAAUAUUUGCGGAGACAGCUUCGUCGGCAAACAUGGACUGCAGAUGCAUAAGAAGAAAACACAUAUGGAUUGCGAAAAGAUGAUAGAUCCAGAUAAUCCCGACGAUCCCGCCACAGGGAGAUUCUGUAAAGAGUGCAAUAUACAGUUCUAUAACUUGGACGCUUGGAAACGACAUAUUUUGAGCUCUAUCAAACAUACGCUAAAGACUGAAGAAAGGUGCGAUUUUCAAAAAUAAUUUAAGCUUGAAUAGGUCUAUAAUAAUUUAAGGUUGAAUCCUUUCCAUCUAGACAAGAAAUAUUUUUUGCUACCUAUACGUGCGAAUUCAUCUGCGUGUAAAAGUAGAACGUUGGCUACCUACCAGUAAAAGUUUAGUCAAAAUCGGUCUAGCUAUUUUAUAUAUUAGACAGUACAA